UUCCUGCUUUGUGUACAUCUGAACCGAGAGGCUGUAGGAGGAAAGGCUGCAGUUGGAAUGGCAGAGUAUGGAACUGCAUCACAGUCUAUCAUUGUGCCUGUUCACAACAGUGAAUGCUGGUUGGAUGAAUGCUUAAAGUCAGUUUGGGAACAAGAUUUUAAAGGAACCAUGGAGCUGUCAAUUUUUAAUGAUGCCAGUAAGGAUGGUUCAGCUGAAAUAAUUGAAAAAUGGAAGACCAAGUUGGAAGAAGUUGGUGUUUCAGUAAUCAUUGGAAACAAUGAUUCCUCUCAGCCUCGGGGUGUCGGAUUUGCUAAAAAUCAAGCAGUGAUUCAGAGCUCAGGAACCUAUCUCUGCUUUCUGGAUUCAGAUGAUGUGAUGAUGCCACAGCGGGUUAGGCUGCAGCACGAAGUUGCCAUUCAACACCCAAACAGUAUUGUCGGUUGCCAAGUCAGAAGAGAGCCACUGGACUCUACUGAACGAUACACUCGCUGGAUCAAUAACCUAACCCAGGAACAACUUCUUACACAGGUGUUUACCUCCCAUGGGCCUACUGUGAUCAUGCCAACCUGGUUCUGUUCUCGAGAAUGGUUUUUUCACGUGGGAAGAUUUGAUGAGGGUGGAAAGGGUGUCCCAGAAGAUUUGUUGUUUUUUUAUGAACACCUCCAGAAGGGUGGUGAAGUGUUUCGUGUGAACCGCUGCCUCCUGCUCUACCGGUACCAUCCCCAGGCUGCGACUCACUCCGUCCUAGAGGAAACCAUCUGGAAUCACCGAGUCAGGUUUCUUGAGGACAGAGUCCUGAGCUCCUGGACAUCGUUCACCAUUUGGAAUGCUGGCAAGCAAGGCAAGAAGCUCUACAGAAGCUUGUCACCAGCUAAUCGGAAAAAGGUAAGUGCAUUUUGUGAUGUUGAUGAAAAGAAAAUAACAAAAGGAUUCUACACGUAUGAGGAAUCUGAGGAGAGACCAAAACCAAAAAUUCCCGUGUGUCACUUCAGGGACGCGUCUCCGCCCUUCGUGAUCUGUGUGAAGCUGGAUUUGACAGGUGGAGCCUUUGAAACAAACCUGGACGUGCUGAAUCUGAAGGAAGGGAUGGAUUAUUAUCACUUUAACUGAACCAAGGAAGGGCAGAGGAGCAGUGGCUGCACAUCUGUGUCUGGAAUGUGGCGCUGCCAGCCUGGAAUGCUCUCCGGAACCAGGCUGGAAGGGCCUCAGGCAGCAGCUCCAGCCAUCCCACGUGUUCUGCAGCUGGCUGGGAACAUCCUCACAGACACCUCCAUGAACAAACCACCCCCUGGAGCUCAUUCCCACCUCACCUUGGGCACCAGCUGGGGUCUCGGCACUUUCAUGAGGUCACAGAGGCAGUUGCGUCUCUCUCUCACCACAGGCAGUUCUGCUUCCCUGGGAGAGGAAAGGUUGGUUCCAGUUAAUUCAGACACAUCCUUACAACUCCUUAAGUGAUCCAUGCACCCUGCAUCACAAUGGGGGUGCCCUUUCAGCAUAUUUCAAAUUGCAGGAGUUUUUGUUGGGUCACAUUUGAAGACUACUGGACCAUUUUUGUACCAUCCUAAGCCAGAUAAACCAUAAAUACACACCAGAUCUGCCACAGAUAACCAGUUGCUAUUAAAAUGUCCAAGACUAUUCUUUUAUAGAGUUUUAUAUUAAAAAAACCCCACUUCUUUGUACAACCCUUUUCAUUAGAGGUUCACUUAAUUUAUUCUCUGAAGUUACUGGAUUUGGAGAAGACUGUCCCAUCCCCUCUACAGAUAAAAAGCAAAAAAGGGCAGGUUAGAAAUAACUUGAACUUUGUUUUUUUCACACCUUGAACAGUUUGUCUUAUUUACUACUGCAAACUUUCCUGUGGCUAAACAAAAUGGAUUAUUUAUAGAGUAAUUUGUUUGAACUCUGCAUGACACAAUUCUAUGAUAAAGUCUCUGUAGUCCCAACAAGGAAAAUAAAUCUAUCCCAGUAAUUACCAUAUUCCUUCAAAUUCUCAUUUGGCUUCCUGCUGCUAAUACUUAGGGGUAAUUCAGAAUUAUUUUAGCACUGAGAGAGCUUGAGGAAAACAAGCAGCUCGUUCUGACACUCAGCAACAACUUCAAAUCUCUUCCUCUGUAAACAGCUCAAAUCUACCAAGAUAAAACAAUUAAGUUUUGAGUAAAUGAGCUCUUUGUCUUUCAUCUCAGAGCAAUGGCCAUAGUGCAGCAGGGUACACAGGGCUUGCUCCAAGCCAGAAUGAGCCAGGCACACCCUAAAAAUGAAAACAGAAACAGGGUGAAAACAGAGUAUUUAUUUUUCUGGAGUGUUUUCCUGGGCAAGGAUUUUGCUUUGAUUUAGUAACCCAGUUGUUUAUGAGAGAGCUGAACUGCCACUGCUUUCCCUGUACCACUGUGAAUGUUGGCCCUGGAAUCAUCCCUUGGUGACAGCACUCAGCUCAUCCUGUUCCACAGGGUCUGUUAACAAAUUCUUUAUGCAAUUCCUGAGCAAGCCUGCUCUUAAAUGCACUGACUCACACCCAACACAAUCCUAAACGUCCACGUGCAGUUAAACAAGGAAUUGUAACCACAGGCAGAAUUGCUGGUAACCACUCCUUCAAAAGCUGAGACUCUCAUUCUAAUUUUGCACUGGAAAAUUCAGAAAAAGAGCAGCAGCCACCCCUCAUAAUGAUAAACUUAGCUUUCUUUUCACAAAUAUCAAGUUAUUUAAGCUCAAGCAUAGAAAUAAACUAGAAAGUACAUAGAAGUCAGCCUGCAACUCUGUCACUCAGCCUUAAGGUGUUUUUGUUCUUUGAGCGUGUCUAGGAUAAAUUUAUUUCCAUGAAAUGUCAAUGAAGACAAAAAGCCAAUUAAUAUAAUGACUAAAUAAAUUAUAUCUUUUUCUACA